GGGGCUUUUUUGUAUUCUUUUUAGCUCAUUUUAGUAAACUAUUUUUAUCGUUAUAACUUAAAUGUUAUGCCCUUCUUUCUUAUUUUUGGGCCUAUAUUCUAUACCAGCUUAUAUUAACUAUUAACGUAACAUUUAUUUAAAACUACGCGUUGAACUCGCAGUCUUAUUUGCUUCGAAAUGAUUUUGCUUUUUAGGAAGGUCCCGGUUUUGAUUGAAAUUCCUUGGUGCAAAAUACCGGCUGUAUCGAAAACAGUUUCUGAUUCAGGAUGAUUUCCCCCUGCUGCUAGCUACCAACACACUGCCUUAUAAACUGUCCUAAUAAAGUACGGAGGAAGAAAAUUUGAUUUCUAUUUAUGAGCUCUGACAGGUUGUAAGCCAUAUUGUAGGGGAAAGUGUCCUAUUUUUGAUGUUAAUCCUAAUUCAUAAAUUUUGAAAAAGAACUUUUUUGAUAUUGUGAUCUGAUUUUCUGCAAAAAAUGUUCAAAAUACCUUAAAUUAGUUCUGUAGUUUCACCACCACGUGGAAUUGCGUUCUAUACGGAAUUUAUCACGCGACCUGUCCCGUGUAUGUGUGUCUGUACGGUGUACGUGUGUAUCGGUGUCGAAUGUGAAGGUCGCGCCAGCACAUGAACUGCCACAAACUCGUAUACGUGGAUAAUUAAUAUUAAUAGUCUGGCGAAGGGAAUAGCCGGUAGUUCAACGAAUUUUGAAGAAAAGAUGAGAUGGAACAGUGGGUGUCGGACACCUUCUACUCGUACUUUCCCAGCUUCAACAAGAACCAAAACGAGAAGAAAUCGAUGCUGUCCCGGGCGCGCCAGGCCGACUACCAAGAGUAUCUGAAAAAUAUCCCCCAGGUCACAACGAAACACCAGCAGUACAUGGAAAAGUUCGGCCACCAGGCCGUCCAAACCGUCAACGAAGUGGGCACCAACACCAACCACAACAACAGCGGCAGCAACCUAAAGUCGACCUCAGCCGCCAAGAACUACCUGUCCCCAUCGACGGGCGCCACCCCCAACGUGAGCUUCAGCCCGCACCUGGUCACGACGUCCUCGCCGUCACCGGCGACCCAGAACCCCAUCCGGAAGGCGGUGGCUAGCGAACCGAGCGCGUACAUGCGCAAAGGUAGCCCCCGCGAGAAGUUGAUCGAAGAUCUGACCCACACUGACCUGUCCACCAUUCUCACCACAGACACGAUCGACCGCCGGAACCGGAUACUGGCGGAAGAGGAAAGCCGGCGCAAGCUGGAGUACCAGAAGGAGCUGAUCAAGCAGAUCGACGAGAAGCGAAAGGAGGUCGAGCGGUUGCGGGAGAAAGAGAAGUUGGAGGAGGAAAUGCUGACGAGUCGUUUGGAGCAACAGCUAAAAACCAUGCAACUCGAGGAAGAGCUGGAACGCGAGAAGCAACGCAGCGAAAAGAUUCGUCUCGCCAACGAGCAGAACCACAUCCGCCGGCUGCAGCUUCUCUCGAAGCUCGAGAACGACCACAAGGUAUUCAAUCCGUACGACGCCGACCGCAAGACGCUGUCCGAAAACGGCAAGGAGAUCUACCUGGACUCGUCCCAGCAGCAGCGCAAAGUCAGUCAUCUCGGCGGAAGUGGUCCCGCCCACCCGGGCAAGGACAAAGUGUACCGCUACUUUAGCAACUCGGCGCAAAAUCCGGCCAGCCUUGCGUCGACCAGUUUGUCUUCGGAGAUGGAGUACGAUUCUUCCAGCGAGUCCGUGGGUCAGCAACCUGGGAACCGGUACCAGUACUGCAAGAACUGCCGGGCGGACAUUGAUCGGUCGUUUUUACCGCCGCGGACACACUCGAGGCACCAUUAUCAGCAUCACGCGAGCAUGACGACGCCAAAGUCUCACAGGAAGGGGACGACGACGGGUGAGGAGCACAACUGUUUGAACUGCCGAAAACGGAUAGAGAAGUUGUGCGCAAACUGUGACCGGGUUAUGAAGAGGUCCGUUAAGAAAAGCUUGUGCGCGAUCUGCCAGCAGGCGAUGGAGAACAGCCGGAUGCAAAAGGAGGCCCAGUCGGAGCUAAAACGGCAGAGGAGCAAACUGUUACGCUCCAUGGAAAUGCUGGACGACGAAGAAGACGAUCCGAGGCCAGCCUAUCCCACCACCGGAACUUCCCCCACCAACCCGUACAAAAUCAUCGACAUUCAGUACCACGAAAGUGACAACGACCACGACCUGGCCGUGCUCAACCCGGUGAUCGUCCGCAACAACUACAAAAAACAACCCUACUCGGUCAACAUCGCCAAGGAAUCGCUCUUCCACCCAAGCAAAAAGACCCCAGAGCCAAGAGUGGCCGUCAACAUCCGCAACGGGGAGGUCUUUGUGGACAACAACCUGGGACACGGCCGCCACGAGGACACCGAUGACGUGACGACGGACGAAAUGGACGAUCGGAUCUCGAAGUACGUGCGCCACUACAACACGCUCUGGAUGAAGCGGGGCAUGAGGCAGAACAACAACCUCAAGAAUGGGAACGUCCUGAACGGGGAAAAGCUGUCGCCGUCGGCGAUGGCCGGGAAUGGAGGCGGUAACGGAGCGAAGCUGCCAUCGCUUUCGCCGCCGAAAGUGUACGUCAGCGAUCGACCGGACAACGUGAAGAGUGACGCGAUGAAGACCACCGAAAAGAAGUGGGACGUUCCCGCUGUGGAGCGCACCAAAGUAUCCGCGGAAUCCCCGAGGGUGCUAACCCAGCUUGGCGCCAUCCGGAAGCAACUGCAGCUCGAGCAGCUUCAGAUGGAUAACCAAGGGCAUCAGCAGCAGCAGCAACAGCAUCAUCAGGACCACCACAAUUAACAACUAUGGGCGUUGGGUUGUUGACUCGCAAACUUAAAAACCGUCCAAUCCUCUACUCCAUCCAUAAAAAAACAUAUCACAAAAACUAUCUUCGUAAGCAAUAACCGGGUUUAGACUGUAUGACAGUGACUUUUACUUUACUUCUUUUUUUUUGAUAAGGGAAAACAUCGGUUAAAUAUAUUACAAAAGUUCAAUUUAAAUUUA